AUGAUGGUCCCUCGGGCUUUCGUCCCAGUUUCAAUGGGCCAAAGCCAAACAAUCAACUUUGACGAGAAAGACUCUCUAUCAAGGAGAUCUCUUGCCAGAAACUCAGGUCCGCCGACACGAUCUGCCCUCUCCCAAAGCCUGUCGCAGCAGAAUUCAGAUUCAUAUACUCCGUUUUCAGAUCCUGUGAGGAUCCCCGCGCGCGUGGACAGGCACCUUUCACCCUCGCCGAGGCGGCCUGCGCCAUCUACCCUUCAGCCAUCCAGAGAUGAAAGUAGUCGUUCUACGCCAGAUAUAUCAAGGAGAAGAAAAGAGUCGGUGCAAGAUGUUCUGUCAUCCACAACCAUACCCAUUCGGCGGAAACCGAAGCCAAGAACGGCACAGAGAAUACCCAACUGCGACUAUGUUGCCGAUUUCAGCAAACUCCUCCGGGACGAUGUCCCUUCUAGCGGAGAGACGAGUUUGGCAGGAAGCUGGACAAAUCCACAAUUCGAAGGUCUCUUCGGGGCUAUUGACGGUCUGGUGGAUGGGCAAAUGAUAGUGGGAAGUGAAGGUCUUGAUGCCGGCAUCCUGUCGACACGAUCACUUUCUACUGAGUCCAUGCCAUCACUAGAAUCUCCAGACGAUUCAAGCACGGCUGAUUCGACUAGCUUCUCACCGGCCACCCUUCGAUCGCCGCCCGACCACAGACUGCGGCAGGUGGUCAAUUCAGAGGAUGCCAGCAACGAACACCCCCUUCUCAGCGUCGAAGACGAUGAUGACUACAGCGGCACUACGACUCCGGAUCUGUCCAUGUCUCCGACACCAAAACACUUGCGAAGGGCAAUGCCAGUAAGACGCUCGAAAACAUUCAAAUCGAGUUUAACGGCAUCAUUGAAAGCUCUAAAAUCAGCAGCACAAACCGUCUCCAAUAUAGCCACCACGCCUCCACUCGUCCAGCCUGAUGAGUUCCUCUCAAAGUCCGUCUUUGACUUCCAACCUUGGUUGACCGACGAUCGUCGUCCACCUCCUUCCGAUGAACCUCCAUCCGCAGCUCUCCGGCGGUACCUCAAUCCUCAUGCUUUCGUGGCCGCAGACUCUCCUGCCCAGCUCCAUUUUUGGUUGGACGAAAAGCCAGACCCGUCAUUAUUGUCACAGGCCGAAACAAAGCCUAAACUCAAAAUAAAGAGGAAAUACCGCAACCAGCACGCUGCUGCCACCUUGAGAAGCGGCGUGUCGGGUGCGAAGAGCGCAAUAUCUCAGCUACCUCCAGUCGUGCCAUUGGCCACGUGUAUCCCUUCGAGUGUUCGCACCGCUCACGCAUCAAGUCCACCGACCUGGCUAGAACCGGACGGCACGCCUAGCAACAAGCAUCGCGCAGCACAGUCUCUUUUCGACGACAUGGACGGUGGCACCGGUGGAGGUCAGCCACGACCGCGCGAACCUCGUGAGAACAGGGACUUUCUACGCAUCUUUGUGUGUGAAAUGAAUAUGCGCAAGAGCGGAAAGUUGAGCGAUGACGCUGCAGGACAUGCAAAAUUGUGGUUACCACCGGUCGACGACACCCCGAAGGAUCCUGAGCGACAGUCAAGACGAGCCAGCAAGACCAAAGGCAAUUAUGUCAGCUCGGACAGAUGGACCAGUUGGACCAGUGAUGAUCUGUGA